AGUUCAGCUACACUUGGUGGGGGGAGGCGGUUACAGAAUAGAUUGGAAACAUAAACCCUAGUAAAAUAAUGGCGACUUUGCGUUUUAUGGUAGGAACCAUAUGCGACGGGGAAAGGUGGAGGGAAGGAUAUCUGUGCUGGACCAAAGCGCAUGCGCAGUUUGGUUUUAACGUGUCGUCGUACUGAUUAGUCACCUGAGCGAUCGCUAAGGGGGGCGUGGUCUGUGAUUUCAGAGGCUUGUGGUCGGUUACUAUCGAUCUGGCGCUGAGGGCCGGCGACAAAGCUCCGCAAUGUUCAGCUUUUUCCGGAAAAGCCAAGAUACAAAGAAACAUCCGGUGUCGGACAAAGAGACUGAUGGUUUUGUUUUCUUGGGACAGACCCCGGCUGAGCGGAGGGACUCCACACCCCCAUUUCCUAGCAGCGAUCUACCCUACAAUCUGCCCUACCAGAUGCCGCCAGGAAACUUCUCACAAGUGAACAGCAAUGACUCUGCUUCUGCCAAGGUGGCCAGUCAGAUCUCAGAAGGGAACUCGACCAUGUCCGACUUGCUGAACGACAUCCCCUUUAUCCUGGCCCCCCAGGUUCAGGAGGUACAGAACAUCUGCCAUGAACUUCCGGAGCCGGUCACCGUAUACAGCCUGGAUGAGACGUUCGCCAGAUUCCAUUAUGACUUCACCCUGGAGAACUCUGUGCUGUGUGGACUCUGAGCCCUCGCUGCCUGCCAUUCACACCCGUUCGGGCACUUUAAGAUUUUUUUAAAAAAAAUGUAUUUUAUUCACUUGUAUGGCGCAGACACAUGCUGCAGCGCAGUACAGAGAGGGUCAUCACUCACAUCGGCCCUGCUCUCUACUGGGGCUCACAUUCUAGAUUGUGAUCGCUUCUUUUCACGUUAGUGAUGCUGCUAUUGAAGAAAUAUUACUACCCACUAACAGCCUAAUAGCACCGCCAUCACGGACUCGCUACACGAGUCUUCACCAACAGUGAUAAAUGUUAUGUUUUCAUUAGACUAUGGUGUAAGUGACAGAGGCGGUGGACAGCGUCUUUAUAGGAGUUUCAGUGGUAAUGGACUGGAUCAUGUUAUUUCUUGCUGUCUGCGGAACUGAAACAGCAAUCGUUAUUUAUUCAAUAUAGAAUUCAUCUACAUAAAUAGUGCAGUCACUGUG